CGCUUCCAUGCUGCUUCCGCCUGCUUCUGCCAUAGAUAUCUAUGCUCCUGUCUGCUCCUCUCCUACCUGCUGUUGAUAGUUUGAAACCUGGGGUGUAUCACAGGAAAGCUUUGAGAGAUGAACGGUGAAAACUUCAGCCUGAGUGAGAAGAUCGUGUCAACCUCCUACAUUCGACAGGGGAGCCAGGCGCGCCGUAGCCAUGAGCAGCUCAUCAGGAAGUUACUGGAGCAGGGUAAGUGUCCAGAGGAGGGAUGGAGUGAGAGCACCAUCGAGCUCUUCCUGAAUGAGCUGGCUGUGAUGGACAGCAACAACUUCCUCGGUAACUGUGGUGUAGGAGAGAGGGAAGGCCGGGUGGCCUCCAGCCUUGUGGCAAGACGACAUUACAGGUUGAUCCAUGGCAUAGGUCGGUCAGGUGACAUUGCCGCCAUCCAGCCCAAAGCUGCAGGAUCCAGUCUGCUAAACAAGCUGACCAAUUCGGUUGUGUUGGACAUCUUAAGGCUUUCAGGUGUCCGGAGUGUGGCGAGCUGCUUUGUAGUUCCCAUGGCAACAGGGAUGAGCUUGACUCUGUGCUUUCUGACCCUUCGUCAUCGAAGACCUAAGGCUCGCUACAUCAUUUGGCCUCGUAUCGACCAGAAAUCCUGUUUCAAAGCCAUGAUCACAGCAGGCUUUGAACCGGUGGUGGUGGAAAACGUUCUUGAAGGUGAUGAGUUGCGGACGGACUUGGAAGCAGUUGAGCAGAAGAUCAAAGAGCUCGGAGCCGAGAACAUCCUGUGUGUCCAUUCAACAACGUCCUGCUUUGCCCCACGAGUCCCUGACAGGCUUGAGGAGCUGGCUGCUAUGUGUGCCAAACAUAACAUUCCCCACAUCGUUAACAAUGCAUACGGAGUGCAGUCGUCCAAAUGCAUGCAUCUUAUACAACAGGGGGCUCGUGUUGGAAGAAUUGAUGCUUUUGUGCAGAGCUUGGACAAGAACUUUAUGGUUCCAGUAGGUGGCGCCAUAAUCGCAGGUUUUGAUGAAUCCUUCAUACAGGAGAUCAGCAAGAUGUACCCAGGUCGAGCAUCGGCUUCACCUUCCCUUGACGUCCUCAUCACCCUUCUCACUUUAGGAGCCAGUGGCUACAAGAAACUCCUGUCAGAAAGGAAGGAGAUUUAUUUGUUUCUGGCUCAGGAGCUGAAGAGUCUAGCCUCUGCACACGGGGAGAGAUUACUUCACACCCCACAUAACCCCAUUUCACUGGCCAUGUCUCUGGAUGGUCUCCAGGCUGCAAGCGACAAAGCGGUGACUCAGUUGGGCUCCAUGUUGUUCACCCGGCAAGUGUCAGGAGCCAGGGUAAUACCACUGGGCAAGGAGCAGACCAUAAGUGGACACACUUUUUGCGGCUUUAUGUCGCACUCUGAAUCGUACCCUUGUCCUUACCUUAAUGCUGCCUCAGCUGUGGGUAUCUCUCGGGAAGAUGUGACUCUGUGCAUGAAAAGGCUUGACAAGUGCCUGAAGACCCUGAAGAAAGAGGGAAAUGCAGCAAAAAGUACUUCCCCAGAACUUCCAUCAUGCCAGGAGGACACUACUGGAGAAUGACUGACUGCCAGUUAAAGUUUUCUUCUUUCAGCUCAAAGUAGACAAAGUGAGUUCCACUUAGUGUGAGCUCUAAAAGCUCUGCUGCCUGCACUUGCUUCUUACUCUGAUUGGAAAUGUGUGUUUGAAUGUCACUUGCUGAUGGAUUAUCAAUCACCAUUGUAAUGAGGUCAAAGACUUGAGCUCCGCAGCAACAGCUGGUGAUGCAACUGCAUGCAGGUGUUCAUUACAAACAGAAAUGACACAAUCCGCUGUCCCUGAUUAAUUCCCUUCUCUGUGACUGUGUGCUAAUUAGUAGAUAUUAUAAGGACACAAGUACAUGCAAAUUCUUCUCAGGAGCAUAAGGAUGUUCACCACUAUUCGAAAGUUAUUACUCAUUCCUCUGCAAAGAUUUGAAUUGUAUUCUGUAUGUGUUGAAAUGCUUUACUUUAUUAUGGAUUCAAAGUAGAUUGUGGAUCAACCAUUAUGAAUGGCCUGUGUCUCCUUUGUUACUUUUAUUAAUUGAACCCGUCUAAAGACUCCACAGUGCAGAUAUUAUGGGGUGAGAUAUUCAUUAAGAUAGCCAGUCUACAGUUUGAAAACAGUGCUGGAAUGUAAUUAAUUCUUUAUUUUUAUUUUUCCAGACAGACACAUGGUCAUGCAUACUUAAUGUGCAUUCUGUUUCGGGAAUACAGUUGGUUUUUCCACUCAUUGAUAUAUGAUAACAAUACAGCUUUAUCAUGUAGUAUGUUUUGCAAUGUCUUCUGCAGUGUGUUGUAAUGUGAUACAUAAGCCGUUGAGCCAUUAUCUCCAUUCGAAGCCAAUGGAUUGGAUUAGCUCAUUUACUUUGAGGCUGUAGAACAAAUAAUCAAUUAAGUACACCAAAUAUAGAUCACUUAAUUUGUUUAGUGAAGGAAAUGUGUUCUGAACCUCUACUUCAUGUAGCAUUAUUCAUUUAAGAGAUAUGUAGUUAACGGUAAUACUGUAUUUUAUUGUUACACAGCAUAGGAUGGAUCUGGAUUUCAGUCAGAGCUUCACCAGGGGAAUUGAUCUUUAAUCAGGUUUUCUUAAGUCCUUUGUCUUAUUCCCUCUGCUCUCCAUCUCAGUCAUUAGAAAGCAGAGCAGGUAGUGCCCUGAGGCACAAAAAUAGACUCCUACUAAAGCCUCACUGACUGAUGACUAAUCUAUAUUUCGAUACUGCUCUGUUUAAGUUCUUCCUGUGCCCUCCCCUUCAUGUGCUGCAGAUUAUCAAGGUUGAUUUCUGUUUGAAAGCUUGCCUUGGAGCAUAUGCAAUAGAUGCAGCUGCAUGUUUUGGUAGAUCACUCCUGCAGGGAGCAGAACUGUAAGUAGC